AUGUCGCAAACACAUAUCAAUGAGCACACCAUGAACUCGUCUAAGGAAGAAAACUACCAGCCAUUGGAGGCAGACCUAAUACAAUUUUCAAGUACGUCCCAGACGUUAGGUGAAAAACAAUCGGACAACAUGCUGAUGGAACCGAACCCCGCUGAUAUAUACCUGUACAAUCGGUUGAGUGAGAUUCAAAAUCAGGACCCCCAGGUGGAACUUCCACUUGCAUCCCAGCAGGACUAUCAAAAGAAAUCAGAACAAGCCAUGAACGACCAACAGCACCAUUUGAAUGGGUUCAAAGACAGAGAAUCUAAUUACGAGGCACGUCCCAACGUUAAACAAGUGUAUCAUACUGCUGUCUCACCGGUGAGUGGUGAUUUUGGUCAUGAAUCGGCAUCGUCUUCUAUUAACUCCGAAAAAUCACAAGAUAUGAGGAUUGCAACACAGGUGAAUCCAGCUAUACAUGACCCAAAUGUUACUGCUGAUCAACCAUUCUAUGUGAAUGCCAAACAGUAUUCUAGAAUAUUGAAACGAAGGUUUGCUAGAGCCAGAUUAGAAGAAGAUUUGAGAAUUUCAAGAGAGAGAAGACCAUAUUUGCACGAGUCGAGGCACAAGCAUGCAAUGAGGCGACCAAGAGGGCAAGGUGGUAGGUUUCUCACUUCUGCAGAAAUUGCGGCUUUGAAGGAGAAAGAAAGCUCUAAAACAAACUCUGAUUCAUCAUUAAACAGAACACCGACCAACAAACCUAUCACUCAAGUAAGUGAAAAUUUGCCUAAUGGAAACAUCGUGCAUCCAAACUAA